UGGCAGUAUAGGAAGGGUAGUUUCGUCAACACAAAUAAACGAGUUGCAGUAUAUAAACCCUCUAACCCCACAUAGUCAAGCACUUUUCUCAGCUACACUGCUUCUCUUCUCGCGGCUAGGGUUUUAGCGCAGCUUCUUUCUCAAAGAUCUUUCUAGCUUUCAAGUUUGAGGCAUAAUGGGUAAGGAAAAGGUUCACAUUAACAUUGUGGUCAUUGGCCAUGUCGACUCUGGGAAGUCAACCACCACCGGUCACCUCAUCUACAAGCUUGGAGGUAUUGACAAGCGUGUUAUUGAGAGAUUUGAGAAGGAAGCUGCUGAGAUGAACAAGAGGUCCUUCAAGUACGCGUGGGUGCUUGACAAGCUCAAGGCUGAGCGUGAAAGAGGAAUCACCAUUGAUAUUGCCCUGUGGAAAUUUGAGACCACCAAGUACUACUGCACGGUCAUUGAUGCCCCUGGACACAGGGAUUUCAUUAAGAACAUGAUUACUGGUACAUCCCAAGCUGAUUGUGCUGUUCUUAUUAUUGAUUCCACCACUGGUGGUUUUGAGGCCGGUAUUUCCAAGGAUGGACAGACUCGUGAGCACGCUCUUCUUGCUUUCACUCUUGGUGUGAAGCAGAUGAUUUGCUGCUGUAACAAGAUGGAUGCUACCACACCUAAGUAUUCUAAGGCAAGGUAUGAUGAAAUUGUUAAGGAAGUUUCCUCCUACUUGAAGAAGGUCGGAUACAACCCUGACAAGAUUCCUUUUGUUCCCAUCUCUGGUUUUGAGGGAGAUAACAUGAUUGAGAGGUCUACAAACCUUGACUGGUACAAGGGACCAACCCUUCUGGAGGCCCUUGAUCAGAUCAACGAGCCCAAGAGGCCAUCAGACAAGCCCCUCCGCUUACCCCUUCAGGAUGUCUACAAGAUUGGAGGAAUUGGAACUGUGCCUGUUGGACGAGUUGAAACUGGUACUUUGAAACCUGGAAUGGUGGUUACUUUUGGACCAACCGGGCUGACAACUGAAGUUAAGUCUGUGGAGAUGCACCAUGAAGCACUCACUGAGGCCCUUCCCGGUGACAAUGUGGGGUUCAAUGUUAAGAAUGUUGCUGUCAAGGAUCUCAAGCGUGGUUUUGUUGCCUCAAACUCAAAAGAUGACCCUGCCAAGGAGGCAGCUAACUUUACCUCCCAAGUUAUCAUCAUGAAUCACCCUGGACAGAUUGGAAAUGGCUAUGCACCUGUUCUUGAUUGCCACACCUCCCACAUUGCUGUCAAGUUUGCCGAACUUGUGACCAAGAUUGACAGGCGUUCUGGUAAAGAGCUUGAGAAGGAGCCCAAGUUCCUGAAGAAUGGAGAUGCUGGUUAUGUGAAGAUGAUUCCCACCAAGCCUAUGGUGGUUGAAACCUUCUCUGAGUAUCCUCCACUUGGUCGUUUUGCUGUGAGAGACAUGCGUCAGACUGUGGCUGUGGGAGUCAUCAAGAACGUGGAGAAGAAGGACCCAACUGGAGCUAAGGUCACCAAGGCUGCACAGAAGAAGAAGUGAAUCGUGCAGGAUGGUUUAUCAAGGAAAAACUUAUAUGUCUACAAUAAAUGGUUUCUUGUUCGUAGUAAUACAUUUUUUCGUGGAGGGAACUUGUUUAUCGGUUUUUGUGUCAGGUUUGCUCCGUCAUCUCGGAACUUUUGUUCCCAGAACUGGGUUCUUGAUCGACGGUGGCAACGCCAUUUAUUUUUGUUUUUAUGCUUUAUCUAUUUUAUAAUGUGUUUUCUGUGAGAACUGUUACAUUUUUGUAAGCUGCAGUGAGUUUUAUGAUUGUUCCUAUGCUGCAGGUAUUGUUUUUGAAUGUUAAAUCUAUAUUGUGCUCUUAUCUCUUAUUUUAAA